CGCGCGGCGCGCGUCACGUGGUGCGCGUGUCGAAGGUCACAGCGCGCGCACAAUGGAGCUCUCGGAGAGCGUGCAGAAGGGCUUCCAGCUGCUGGCAGACCCUGGCGCCUUCGGGCCCGGCGCCUUCGCGCUCGUGCUGCGGGCGGCCUUCCAGAGCCUGCUGGGCGCGCAGGCCGACGGGGCCGUGCUGGGGCCGCCCCCUGCUCCUCGGGCCGCCAGCGCGGGGCUGGCGAAGGUCGAGCCCGGUCUGUUUGCAAAGCGAUUGCUGGGUCAAAUGGCGUUGACACUUCCCGACAUACAGAGCACCCCACGUUCCCAGGAUCGCCCCAACACUUCACGCGGGGCUUCUACGCCUGGAACCCUAAAAUGGGAUGCGCUCCGCUUUGUUCCGCACCGGAGGCUCCUUUCAGUAGAUCACCCAGACUUAAAACAUAUCGACCCAGUGAUAUUAAAACAUUGUCACGCAGCAGCUGCCACUUGUAUACUGGAGGCAGGAAAGCAAAGAGCUGACAAAUCAACUCUAAGCUCUUAUCUAGAAGAUUGUAAAUUUGACAGAGAGCGAAUAGAACUGUUUUGCACGGAGUAUCAGAAUAAUAAGAAUUCUCUAGAAAUCCUACUGGGAAGUAUAGGCAGAUCUCUCCCUCACAUAACUGAUGUUUCUUGGCGUUUGGAAUAUCAGAUAAAGACCAAUCAACUUCAUAAGAUGCACAGACCUGCAUAUUUGGUGACCUUAAAUACAGAGAACAGUGAUUCAGGAUCCCAGCCCGAGAUUAGUUUUAGUUGCACCAUGGAACAAUUACAGGACCUGGUGGGGAAACUGAAAGACGCCUUGAAAAGCCUGGAAAGAGCAACUCAGCUGUGAUUUGGGGAAGUGAACGGUCCGUCCGGGUCCCAGGAAGACCAGAGCCGCCUCCCCUGCAGCCGAGCCCUGGUUCCCGCGAGCUGCGCGCCCUCUGCUUCGCUAGGAAAAAUUUUUCCUCUCGAAUUUCUGCCUCUCGUCAAUUUUGACUCUGUAUUCUGCCCUCGUGAAAAGGGGGAGAGGGAAAUUCUUUCCAAGUAUUUGAAUGAUCUGUAGCCUGUACUGUCCAUCCACCCUAUUUUGAUCCUUUUCGGGUCUUACAAAGGAAGUAGAGAGUACUACACUCUGCAUACGUAAGAUGGUAUUCUCAUCCACACGCGCAAAAAAAAAAAAAGAUUUUUUGUUUGGACUUGA